GCUGCUGCAAGGACACAAGCUGUCAGUCUGCGGCACACUAUUGUUUAUGGCCACAUGCGUCCCUCAGAGAGACACAGAAAACUUCAGCCACUGAAAUUAACCCUCCGGUACAGGACAUCUGCCCUUUUGCCCUCAAGACAAUGACAUCUCACCAGUUCUGAUAUGCAAGUCGGCAGAUUGAACUGCACAGCUGCAUCUGUGGGAUUUGUUGCAGUCAAAUGUAACAUGUUGACAUCUCUGAAUGGUUGGCAGCUCAUCUCCAAACCAAAACUUUCCUUCCUGUUUGAGAGUGCUUCUGUUUUUCCAAAGUAAACUGAAUUCAACCAAAUAACAUGGAAUGAAGCACUAAUGUUAUAUCAAAUGGACUUGAUCUGCAUUUGGGAGAGCAGGACCAUUUGAAUGCCUCACUGAGGCAUCCAAACUGUCAAACCUGCCGCAUCCAGGUUGAUGUUUCUCUGUGGUGGGAUUGAAGGAGUGCUGCAGCCUUGGAUCCACAGUGGAACCACAAUCCACCUGGGCACCCAGCCUAUGGGUCGGAGAUGCUCCAUGCCAGCAACUACUCCCUUGUGUUGUUGAUUCAGCUCAGCCUGCUCUCUUUUGACCUGUUUGUCAACUCCUUCAGUGAACUGCUAAGGACUGAACCUGCAGUCCAGUUGGUGCUUUUCAUCAUGCAGGACAUUUGCAUCUUAUUUAACCUGAUCAUCAUUCUGCUGAUGUUAUUCAACACCUACGUGUUCCAGGUUGGCCUGGUUGCCAUACUGCUGGAGCGAUUUAGAGCCCUGAUAAUGCUCUCUGCUCUCUACCUGACCUUCAGUAUCAUACUCCAUUCCUGGCUUAUGAAUCUGCGCUGGCUAAACACAAACCAAUUUAUCUGGACAGACGGUCUUCAGGUGCUGUUUGUGUUUCAAAGAUCUGCUUCUGUGUUGUACUACUACUUCUACAAGCGGACCGCAGAGUAUCUGGGGGACCCUCGUCUGUAUGAGGAUUCACCAUGGCUGAGAGAAGUGUUUGUUCGGUCCAGGCAGUGAUCUGCAGAGAAAUCUACGGAAUGAUACCAAAACCCAUAGCUCCAGUGGCACUGUAAAAAAAUUACCCAUGAAU